AUCUUGCUCGGUAUUCAGUACUUGAAACUCUACCGCGAACUUGUUCAUAAAAACGCAGACAUAAAAAAAGUGAUCGAAGAAAAAAUACACACCGGCAAGUUGGAGCCAAAUCCAGUUUUUUUACUUUGAAUUGGCAACACAGAGACACCUGAACCGAUCUGUUCGUGGAGCUCGUCUCGGUUCUUGGGCUCUCUCUAUUGGGUUCUCUGGGACAUGUUCCCAAAUGGGUUCUGCGUUUAAAGCUUCGAUCUUGGGGCUUGAUCUUAAUGGAAAAUGGAUUUUAGAUUGAAACCGAGGGUGCCCAUUUGGAGAAAUUGUUCGUUUCUGUGUGUGUUUGAUGGGACUUGAUUUGUGGGUCGAGAAAGAUUGCUUCUUUGAUUUUUGAGGUGAUUUUGGGUUUGAAGAUUUUUGGAGGACAAAAUGUUCUGGAGGGAACGUGAGAGGGAGAACAAAGAUCAAAACGGUAGCGGGCCGCCUUCUGGGCAGGUUCGAGUUCUUGUUGUUGGUGACUCAGGUGUUGGAAAAACUUCUCUUGUUCAUUUGAUUGUCAAUGGUUCUUCCACUGCCCGCCCUCCUCAAACAGUAGGAUGUUCAGUUGGUGUAAAGCAUACUACUUAUGGGAAUUCUGGUAGCUCGUCAAGCAGCAUUAAAGGUGACGCUGAGAGAGAAUUCUUUAUAGAACUCUGGGAUAUAUGUGGACAUGAUAGAUACAAAGAAUGCCGGUCUCUUUUUUAUUCCCAAAUAAAUGGUGUAAUCUUUGUUCAUGAUCUCUCCCAAAGAAGGACAAAAACUGGCUUGCACAAGUGGGCAGCUGAGAUAUCUGCAACUGGGACAUUUUCAGCUCCUCUAGGAUCUGGAGGUCCUGGUGGUCUUCCUGUGCCGUAUAUUGUUAUUGGUAACAAAGCUGAUAUUGCUGCAAAGGAGGGUACAAGGGGAAGCAGUGGCAAUCUUGUUGACGUUGCCCGACAGUGGGUUGAGAAGCAAGGCUUGCUUCCAUCAAGUGAGGAACUUCCACUGACGGAAAGUUUUCCUGGAGCUGGAGGCCUUAUUGCAGCUGCCAAAGAAGCAAGAUAUGACAAGGAAGCUGUGAUGAAAUUCUUCCGAAUGGUCUGUAUUUCUCUUCUUCUUCUUGUUAGCUUAUAUGUUUUGUCUCAAGACAAAUGUCCAACUCUUUUGUUGUGCUUGUUGCAGUUGAUUAGGAGACGAUAUUUUUCUGAUGAUUUACCUGCACAAAGUCCAUGGUCUAUUUCUCCGGUUGAAAGUCCUGCUCAGACUGUAGAUGAAAAUUGGAGUGAUGAGGAUCAUUCAUACAGGAAGAAGAGCAGUUUACACGGCGAUCCUUACAACUACAAUAUGCUCCCUCCUCUUCCAGCACAACGCAAUCUGACACCACCUCCCACGCUUUAUCCACAGCAGCCAGUUGCAGUUUCUGAAAAUUACAGCAUCCCUAGAUUUGCGUAUUCUAGUUACUCAGAAAUCAGCAGUGCUGCCAGAUCAAAGCGCUCAGAUAUCAAUGUUUAGCGGUCAUUGACUCUGAAAAUUGUGAUUGUUUUGGCAUAAGUGGGAUAUGUGUGCAUGUGGUCUAUGGUCUUUUCAUUUUGUUUCACUUGUAACUGGUCUAUUGAUUCUUUGACAUCUACAGGUUCUGUCAUUGUAAGCAGUUGUUAUAUGUUGGGGCCUUGGGGUAUAAGUAUAUAAUGAUUUAUUGAACAACCUGGAAGCUACAGGCAAUUUUUUUCA